CUUCCGUAUAUAUUUUCACUCAUACUGACCUCUCUGCUGUGUGGAGUAUUGACGAUGGCUCAACCCAACAAAGCACCUUCAUCCACUCCGGUUUCUGUGAUAGGGUCUCACUUCAUGGUACCACAUCAACUCGAUAUUAUAGUUGAUAGAAUUUCAAGCGGAAUCCUUUUGAUUACAGAUAUUAACCAUAAAAUCAUCUUCAAAGUGAAACCAUGCGAUUCAUUCAUUCAUGAGCGGCGAGUACUACUCGAUGUUGAUGACCAACCCAUCGUUACGAUGCGUGAUAAGAGCGUGACUGUACACCAUGGAUGGUAUGUAUUCAGGGGUGACAGUAGAAGCAAAUCGGAUAUGAUAUUUACCACAAAAAAACGUCACAUGAUCCAGCUGUUGAAGAGUGAUGUAAAUGUUUUCUUGGCAAACAAAACCUGUUCUAAAAAUGUUUGUGAUUUCAAGGUCAAAGGAAGCUGGUCGAAGAGAAACUGCACUAUUUAUAUGGGAGAUACUUCAACCACAAUAGCCCAAAUGUCCAAACUGCAGUCAUCGGAUAAUAUUGUAAAGUUCGUUAAUGACAAAUUCAAGGUGAGCAUUUCUCCCAAUGUGGACAUUGCGUUUGUGAUCAUAAUUAUAGCAAUUGUUGAGGCUAUGGAAAACUCUGACACAAACAAUAAAAGUGCUGUGCAAGUUCUUGGAGGUGUGUCUAAAGUUGUUGCCCCAAUACUCCUUGCAUAGUCAUAGUCAUUAGAAGUAAUUAAGUUAUAAUCUGGACAUGCACAUGUUAAUUGUCUUCAAUUCUGCUUAGGAAAUUUUUUGAAGUUUUUGUAACUAUAUAGAAUAUUCAAAAGUGUCAAACAUUGUAAUAUAAAUAUCUAGCAAUAGUCCAGACGUAUGUGUUCAGCAAUUCUUCCUAUAUAUUGUUUUAAGUCCUUAUAGUCAACUUUGAUUAU